AUGUAUCCCUCAGAAAGCAAGAUGAAUCAUAAUGAUGAGAGAAUCAAAAGAGCUUUAAGGCGCCGCCCUUAUGUGGUAAAUAUCAAAUAUAUAUAUAUAUUUUAAAAAUCUUCUGUUUUUGUUAUCACCUUUUAAAUGGAGUGUUGUGUUGACAGUUGAAUCCAGUGAGGGUGAACACCCCUGAUUCUGUGAUGUGGCCAACCGGCAAAGUGCUCAGAAGGCCAAGGCCUGUAAGUCAAAUCUGACCUGAAAACAAUAACACAUAAACAUUAGUUAUGCUGCAUGUACAAACUGCAGUUAUCACAGUAAAAGCAAGUGCAGAUAUCCCUCCUUAUCUAACCACAUUUGAAAUGGAAUAUUGUCUUGACAGUCUACUUCAGUGCAGACCCCUCAGAUCCACAAAAGGCCUGUAUGUCACAUUCAAAUCAACCACAUAACAGUAGCUACUUAAAUUAUUUAUUGAUAGCUACAUCAUUUAUUUCCAAGUUAUUUCCAAGGCCAAAAUGAGCAAAAGAGUGUUACAUUUUUUCUUUACUGUUCACAGCCAAUCAUUGUGAGCUGUGGGCAGGAACAGACAUCUGGGGAUGGAUGGGACAUCAAUCCAGAGCCUCUUAGCCAGGUCAGACAUCUCUGCUGUUCCCAUAGAGACAGAACAGAUAGAUCAAUCUGUUGAUUCAUAUGGCCAUUUUGGUUGGCUUGGUUGAAUUGACAAUCAUUCAUUAGAAAUGCUAAAGAAUCCUACAGUAUGGAAAGUAUUUAGCCCCAUCCCUAAUGUUAUGGGAGUUGCAUUUAUUGCAUUUCAAUACACUUGCAUUUUCAAUUACCCAUAAAUUACUCACUACUUGUACAACUAUGUUGGAUUGCCUAAAUAUUCAACAUUUUCUUGACAGUCAAUGCCAGUGUAUUCUAUGUCUGCCCUAAGUACAUGCCUUUGUCUGUCUCCUCAGUCUGGAAGGGUGACUCGGCUGAUGGAUAGAAAUUAUGAUGGGGUGAUCUCAUCCUCCAACUCUGACAUCUCUAUCUACUCCUUCACUGACUGUGAAUCUGAGGUAAGACAGUUGUACACCAUGUCUUUGUUGAGUGACAUCACUGUAAGGAGAAUAGUCUCUGACUAGUUUACUCUGAUACACAGUCUGAUGAUGAGGAUCAUGAAAGGAGGACACCACCGCUGAAAGUGAAGGAUGAGGAGGAUGGAAAGGUGGACGACAAUCUUUCUCUCCAAUCCUUCGAUGAGUCAGACUUUCUGGUAUGUUCUGCAGCAUGUAUUUGAGUAACUCUUUGACUGAAUGUGGAGAAUGGACUAUGACCAACUAGCUCUCUGACACACAGCGUGAUAAUGGCAAUGAUGCCUCUGCUGAGGACAGUCCAGGGCCUUCAAAGGAACCACUGAGAAAAGGGGCUUCACUGAAGGACCCUCGACUGGUAGGCUCUUACGUGUGUGUGUGUUAGUGGUGCGCGGGUCAGCUGUUUGUUCAACCGAACCCACCCGCAAUUGCUAAUAACCCAUCCGCAACCGCCCGACUAUAUGUGAUAAAGUGAAAAUCUGAGGCCCGCACCUGACCCUAAUCCGCAAAUAUAGAACACCGUCAGAACGAUUUCUUAGCAGGGGGUGCAGGAUUUCUUUGUGCCUAAUUUGGAUAUGUUUCUGCUUAUAAUUUCAAACAUUUUGGUAGGCUAUUUGUUAGUCAACUUGUCUAUAAUUAGAUAGAAGACGAAAUAAACCAAAAACGUUUAGGGAUCAAGAAGAAAAUGCAAUAACUCAAGAAAAAAAGGGAAACAUUUUCUGUGCAAAAUUUCCAAAUGACAUCAGUUUGACGGGUUGAAAACGACCAGACAUGUUUCUGAUAAGAUUUCAGUUUGGCUUGGAUGCACAUUUUAUGUGGUUGAAAUAUUAUCAGCUUUUAUUAUGCUGAUAAAGCAGUCCCUAGCUGCGCAUUCGCAUUCCCUCAAGAUGCUGAAAGAAAUCAUAUUUCUCCACUGCUGUUCCCGAGUCAAAAUAAAGCCUACAUUUGGUGUAGCCUAUCAUUUUACUGCAAGAAAUGCUUAAUUCUGCAGGAGUUAAUAUUAAGACUGUGAGAGGUUAAAGAUCUACAGUCAGUGUCCAGAUUUCAGUUUCCAUUUAACCCAUCUGAACAGUAGGCUGUUUGUUCCCUUGACGUGCCAUAGGCCUAUUUGAAUCCCCCUCUUGUGACUGUCGAAUUUCUAUAGUGCCUCACAAUCAUCACACAUAACAUAGGCACUGCCAUCAUCCUCUUUUAACACUUCACCAAAUAUUUUCCAAACAUUACUUUUCUGGCCGUCCCUUCUUUAUUUUCAACUUUCCAUUUCGUAGCUUUUCUCUUAUUGAAUUAAAGCGUUUGGUGAUUGGUGUGUAGUCUAUCUGGCGCGCGUCAAGUUAUGCCCUAAAGUUUAGGCUUACGCACUAAUGCCAAAUAGCCUAUAGAUAUAACUUGCACAAUAAUUAUACAUUUAUGGAUUUUUUUAUGUAUUGUUUUCUGUUUAUUCAACAAUAUUUCAUGACCCUAAAUCCGCCGCCCUGUGGAUAUAACCGCGGGACUUCUGGUUAUGAGUCAACCCGCGCAUCACUAGUGUGUGUCACAUCUCAAUUGUUUGACCCUAUGUCUGUACAGAUUAUUGUGGCCAAACCCAACAUCCCUGUCAUUGUUGCUCCGCCUGCUGUGGAGUACUUACCAUACCACCACAGCCCUCGCCUGGCCCCAAUCACCAACCUGAGCGAGAACGGUAGGAAGCUGCUCCAGAAAAUGUCAGGAGUGGCCCCACAGGUGAGAGGAAAUACAGAAAGCCCUUGCCUGGCCCCCAUCACCAAUACAGGAAGCCCUCGCCUGGCCCCCAUCACCAACCUGAGUGAGAACAGCAGGAAGCUGCUCCAGGAAAUGUCAGGAGUGGCCCCACAGGUGAGAGGAAAUACAGAAAGCCCUUGCCUGGCCCCCAUCACCAAUACAGGAAGCCCUCGCCUGGCCCCCAUCACCAACCUGAGUGAGAACAGCAGGAAGCUGCUCCAGGAAAUGGCGCAGAAAAUGGCAGGAGUGUACCCACAGGUGAGAGGAAACAGGAAGGGGAUAUUGGCCAUAUGUCCUACAGUAUAUCAUAACUCUAGAUAUUGUAGCUCAAGAGUAGAAAAUAGCCAUAAGCUUAUAUUACUUUAUCUCCUUGUCCAAAAUAUUCAGGAAGGGAAGGUCAAAAGGAAAAAGGGCAAGGCAAAAAAGCGAGUGAAGCAAGAGCAGGCUAGUAACAUGAAGCAGGUGGAAAAUGUUGGAGAAAGUAAGGAGGACAAGAAAGAGGAAAAGAAGAGUCUGAGGAAG